AUGGCAAAGGCAGGCAGAAAACGACAACAAAAAAAUGCACCAGCACACAGCAACAAGAAACCCAAACGCGUUCCAGAGGAUGACAAUGCUACAGAGCCUGAUCGCGAGAUCGAGGACAAUCAAGACCAUGAGUUAGAGGUGGAAGCUUUACUCGAUGACUUUGAGCAACAAGUCAAGUCAUCAGCACUUGAGGAGGCUAUUCGAGAAAUGAAAGAAGGAUCAGCAAGUGAUAGUGACAGCACGGACAAUGAAGAAGAAGACGAGAAUGAAGCCAUGAGCGAGGAUGAGAGACCAGCAGAUGAUGGCAAUAUGGAUGUUGAUGAUGAAGAACGGAUACCAGAUACCAAAUCAGAAGACAAACCAUCCACCUUCAGAGAUCGAUACAUGGGCAAAGUAACUCAGGCUUUUAGCACAGACCUCGACAAGAUUCGGCAGGAACCGAACUUUGAUGCGUCACAAUUGACGUUGUUGAUUGAUUCAUUAGAAGCAGGCAUUGAUAUCUUUUCAGACUUGGAGAAGGAGAUUGUCAUGCGGCAAUAG